CAGCCGGUCUACAUAGCGGUUUCUUUCCACUACACACCCACAUUACUUUUAUGUCAACCACUUCGCGGGAGUUAUCGCUGCUGGAGAAGUCGUUUCAUCAAUUUAUCAAGAGUAAACAGACAACGGAAAGGCAACCAUGUCAGAGAGAAAGGCUGUGAUCAAAAAUGCCGACAUGUCGGAGGACAUGCAGCAGGACGCUGUGGAGUGUGCCACCCAGGCCCUGGAGAAAUACAACAUUGAGAAGGAUAUCGCUGCUUUUAUCAAGAAGGAGUUUGACAAAAAAUACAACCCAACUUGGCACUGCAUUGUCGGGAGGAACUUCGGCAGCUAUGUAACCCACGAGACCAAGCAUUUUAUUUACUUCUACUUGGGUCAGGUGGCCAUCCUGCUGUUCAAGUCAGGCUGAGGAACCACUUUUCUCAGAACAAGCUGACCACAUACAUCACUGACUGAUUAAACAAGGCACCCAUCAUUCCUUUGGCAAGGGGCCUCUGCCUUUUCUGUGCUUAACUGUUAUUUUCUUUUGAGAAAAAAACAUGGCCGUGUGAGAGACUUGUAUUUAUUUUUGUCUUGUUACAUUAGAACUUGUUUUUUAAUUAAAGCAAAGCUUUUAGGCUGGGCCAAAAUUCUUGUGUUUUCUUUUGGCAACUCAAUACACUACCAAUAAUUCUUGAAAUUCUAUCUUGAAUUAACAAAUUACCAUUUUGAGUUGCUCAGGAAUUACAGGAGAGAUUAUAAAUGCUGGUGUCUACAGCACAAGUCAAGACCGCCAUGUAUGAUGUCCCAAAGGUAUUAAAAUCCAGGAAGCUAAGCAAAUAGUGCCACCUUCAAGCAUUUUUUUUUCCCAGAUCGUGAUUUAUGAAGUUCUAAAGAUAAGGGGAACUUGAACGCUAAGCAUUACAUGAAGAAUUGUUUUCAGUAAUACUCUCUCCAAAUGCCUAAUAAAGCAAUUACAUUCA